AAAAUUGGGUUUGGGUUCGUUAUGCAUUACGUUCGAGCUCAAUGCGAAGGAGCUGAUAAAGCCCUUGGUAUAGCCCUCUCCCCAUGGAUCCUUGCUCCCAACGUGCAUGGGCUUUACUUCAAAGACCUAAAGCAGACGUUGAAGAAUGAACAAUGUGAUGUAAGCUGA